AUGUACUCCCCAGUGAAAACUGCCAUAUUGCACAAUGAGAGGCAUGAGUCUCUACACCGCUCCAAAGACACUCGCACGAUGGCUGAAGUCGCAGCACUGUUGCCUUGGGCUGAUGCUAUCAAUCGUGCAUUCCCAUAUGCGCUGACAGAUGGUCAGCUUGCACCAGCUGUGAGCACCCUGCCCUGCCCCACUCCUGCGAGCGCUGGUGCUGAUGCGAGCUUGCAAGAUGCAAUUGUCCAGAGUGUGGGCACAAGGCUCGUCAACAUUGUCCAAGGUGCCCUCCUCCAGCUGAGUACAGUUCAGGUUUGGCUACCCGAGGCCGAGCCCCAGGAUGCGGGCACCUCUGCUGGGUGUACACCAGAAGAACCUGCACCAGCCACGGAGACGAGCACCAAGAGGAUGCGAGUUCUCAAGCUUGGGAAUGGCACAUUGCUGCAAGUGGCUGACGACGAAAUCCCAGACCCACCUGCCAUCAGUUUUGUCAACGACAUCCCUUGGCUCAAUGGAAUGUGGGAUGAUCGCACGGAGCACUGGCAGGGCAUGUCCAUCAUCAACAUACAAGGCCACCCGAUUGCAAUCAAGUACUGGCCUUUGCUCUAUUGCUAUGGCCAUGAUCAGCAAUGGAAAGGUACGAAAAACAAGUGGACUGACUGGACAUCGUUGAGCGGUGUAGAGACUCAUGCCUCUCAUUGUGCAAUAUGGCAGUUUUCACUGGGGAGUACAUGGCACGAACUUGUAGCAUCACUCUGUGUGCUACCUGCAGCUAUCUCUAUAUGA